CCAGAGCAGUCGCUGGAUUAGAUACUCAUUUUCCUUCUAGUUGCACCUGGCUGAUUGAAGGUUGUAUACCAAGAGAAGAAUUCAGUUCAGCACUGGCUAGAGAAAUUACGGAGACCAGCACCUUGCACAGUCUCCUCAGAGCAUGGAGAGAAGAUUCCAAGCAAAGACAACCAGAAAUGAAAAAGUGUUCAACUGCUUACACCCAAAGCCCAAUGCAAUUUUCAGGCUGAUCUGCUUUCCUUGGGCAGGUGGUAAUUCACUUUAUUUUGCGAACUGGGGCCAGAAGAUUUAUGAUUUGCUGGAAGUGUACUCUGUAAGAUUCGCUGGAAGAGAAAGUCGGCUUGAAGAACCUUUUGCGACUGACAUCUAUGAGAUUGUUGAUGAAAUUGCUUGUGCUUUGGUGCCAAUGGCCCAGGAUAAACCAUUUGCAUUUUUUGGCCAUAGCAUGGGAUCCUAUGUGGCUUUUUUGACUGCACUGCACCUGAAAGAAAAAUAUAAUAUGGAGCCAGUCCACUUUUUUGUGUCAAGUGCAACUCCUCCCUAUUCCAAGGCCCUGAUUCAGAUUCCCAACAUUGAUGAACUUUCGGAAGAACAAAUCAAACGCUACCUUAUAGAUUUUGGAGGCACCCCAAAGAAUCUCAUUGAUCACAAAGAACUUUUUCAACAGUUUUUUCCCAUCAUACUGGCAGACUUGAAAGUUAUACGUAAAUUUAGCUUCGACACACCCUCUAAGGCGGUCCUUUCAUGUGACUUAACAGGCUUCGUUGGAUCAGAAGACCUCACAAAAGAUAUGGAAGCCUGGAAAAUUGUAACCAGUGGAACUUUUGAUCUUCAUGUACUACCAGGAAAUCACUUUCAUCUUAUGGAACCUGACAAUGAGAACUUCAUCAGGAACUAUAUAACCAAGUGUCUAGAAUUGUCAUCACUUGCCAACUUUUAGCUAUUAUUCUUUUUAGCCUUAAAUAAUCAAAAGUGUUGGGCCUGGCCUGAUGAUUCAUGCCUGUAAUACCAGCACUUGGAGACUUACUUUCAAUGGAUUGCAAGCUCAAGGCUAGCUUGGGUUUUCUUCUGAUUUUGAAAAUUAUACCUCUUCUCCUAAGAGUGAUUUGUUUAGAUAUUAAUGGAUGGAUCCAUAGAAAUUUAGGUAUCUGGGGAUAAAAGACAAACAGGUAAAGAAUGUUUCUUCUGCAGAGUCUUUUUAUCUUUGCAUUUCAAACUCAGUUGAUUCUCAUCUGUGGAAAGAUUGUCAACAGUUUUCUUAUUUUAUGCUUUGGUAAUUAUUAUCAUCACUAUUGUGCAGUACUAGGGAUUGAAGGCCACAUGCAUGCUGGCGGAUGUUCUGCUGUUCUUCCAUCAGCAGGCAAGCACUCUAUACACAUCCCCGGGCCCCUGCAGCUAUUUUAAUGGUGUAAGUGACUGGCAGGGAAGAUGCGAAGCACUUAUUCCACUGAGCCAUCUCCCUGGCCCUGGAAUUAGAAUUACUGGUUUAGCAACCCACUACAGUUCGAGGUUUAUCUACUGCUUUAUUAAACAAGUCCUGUCAUCUGCAGCAGCAGGGCUCCAGCCCUCUUUCUGAAGGCAGCAGUGCAGUGAGCCCGAGGGUGCCAGUGCACAGCCUGGCCUGUAGAAAUAUAGAUUUGAGACAAAAGCCUGAUGUCUCAAGAGAGCAGGGAACAAUAGACAGAGC